AGUUCCCGUUCAUCCACUACGAUCACUGCUACUAUUCCUCUCUACAUAUCUCUUCUUUUAUCGGGUCGCACGCUUUAUUAUUUGCUUUAUUUUACUUCCUUACAGUUUCCUUAGCUUCAUCUACUAUCCGGUUCCCGUCUAGUGUUACCCUGAAACCCUCAUGGAGACGUUGUUGGCCCAUUCGUUCGAUUACCUCUCUUCAUACGAGCCCAGCAAAGUGCGCAAAGGCCUGCGCCAGGUUGAAGGUCUUCUCGCACAGAUAUGUCUCUCCAAAGCGAAACAGUCGCCAGUCGUGCGAAAGAGGUCAAUGAUGGGAAUGAGUUCGCCCCAGCCGGCUGCUAGACCGCUAUCAGAGAUCAAAGACGACCCUGCGUUUCGAGAGUUUUUCAAACUACAAGAAGGGUUUCAGUGGAACGUGGCGAUGCGACUGGUCACUUGUCUAGAACAUUUGCUAGGCCGCGGGAGCAAUGGCACCAACGACCUGCUCAUCCUCGCAACUCUCGACCUCAUCCAAGGUGCUCUUCUCCUACAUCCGCCGUCGCGAACUCUUUUCGCCCGUGAAAUCUACAUGAACCUACUGCUUGACCUCCUCGAUCCGAUUAAUUGCCCCGCGAUCCAAUCUACAACCCUCCUCACCCUCGUGACGGCCUUGCUGGACAACCCGGCCAACACACGCACCUUUGAACAGCUCGACGGUCUGCUCACAGUGACAUCCCUUUUCAAGCAGCGCGCAACAUCGCGAGAGGUAAAACUCAAGCUCGUCGAGUUCCUCUACUUCUACCUGAUGCCCGAGACCCCCACCAAUCUCCCCAGCCCGGGGAUGCAGCGCAGAGGUCCACAUUUGCGGAGCCCCAAAGGAAGCCGUCACUCAGCAAACGGGAACCGAGCCACGCGCAUGACAGAUGAGAAACAAGCGCUGCUGGGGAGGUAUCUCAGUAACGUGGCGGAUUUGGUCGAGGACCUCAAGGAAACGGCACCCUUUGGAGCGACUGUCUACUGAGGUCGACUAUGGAAUACGACAUGCUACGCACGAUGUUAACGGUCUCGUUUAUGAGCUUUGCAUUUGAGCGAGGGAGUGAGGGCAUUUUGCUUGCAUUAUUUGGAUUAUGCCUGCUAGGUCUAGUUACACUUUACUUUUCUCUUCCAUUUUCUUCUUACUUUCUUUGGAUCUCCUAUUCCCAUUCUAUUCGUCCCGUCAGGCACGGAAGUUCGCGUUCUUUUUUGAUCCUUUGGUCCUUACUCGCCUGAUCAUUAUGCUAUGGAAUU